AAUCCCCACAACUUCCAAUUAAUUCUCCCUCCUCUUCUCCCACCUCUCCCAUGGCGAUGCUUAUAGCUUCCCUGCUCGCUCUUUCCUCCUUUCUAGCCACAGCACAUGGUGGUAACUUCUAUAAAGAUUGCACGGUAACGUGGGGUGACGGGCGUGGCAAGAUCAUCAAUAGCCGGCUUGUCACUCUGUCUCUCGACAGAUACUCUGGCUCGGGCUUUGAAUCCAAGAAUGAGUAUCUCUUUGGCAAAUUGGAGAUGCAGAUCAAACUCAUACCUGGCAACUCGGCCGGCACGGUCACCACCUUCUACUUAAGCUCGCAAGGGCCGACUCACGAUGAGAUCGACUUCGAGUUCCUCGGCAACGUUAGUGGCCAACCGUACAUUCUCCACACCAAUGUGUUCACCCAAGGGAAGGGAAACAGGGAGCAGCAGUUCUACCUUUGGUUUGAUCCCACCAGGAACUUCCACACCUAUUCCAUCACAUGGAAUCCGCAACAUAUUAUCUUCGCGGUCGAUGGCAUUCCGAUAAGAGACUUCAAGAAUCUCGAGUGGAGAGGGGUGGCAUUCCCCAAGAACCAGCCCAUGAAGGUGUACUCGACCCUUUGGAACGCCGACGACUGGGCGACGAUGGGCGGCGCCGUGAAGGCCGACUGGACUAAAGCUCCGUUCACCGCAGCCUUCAGAAACUUCAAUGCCGAUGCCUGCAUUUGGUCUGCCGGCACCUCUAGGUGCUCGUCGGGGAAAUCUCGAGCCUCCUCGCCUGCGAAGAAAGCGUGGUGGAAUGAGGAGCUGGAUGCGAAGAAAUACCGGAGGAUGAGAUGGGUGCAGAGGAAGUAUAUGAUUUAUAACUAUUGUUCUGAUCGGAUGCGAUUCCCUCG